AUGCAUUUAGCGGGGAACAAGGACUAUACUUUGAUGGACGAGGGUGUAAUAUUCAUAAGGGAGCUGGCGGGCGCAGGCGUGGUUAUCGUUGUCGACAGUGUCCUCAGGCUUGUCUACCUGUUUCCGCGGAAGGCGUUCGUCCAUCCGGUACCGACUCCAUUCUCCUCAGCCAUGUCCACGACUCUAGUUGCAGUGUGUGCAUUGCUGCUUACAUUUCUUGGUGUUUCCAUUUCUCAAGUACCCAUGAACAUGUUGAUAGUGAUAGAAGAACCGGAUAAAUCGAUUUUAAACAUUUUGAACGAAGCCCUACCACAGGCAGAAAAGAAUUAUGGCAACGACAUCAUCUCUGUUCAUAUUUCUACAAUCGAAGUUGAACGUUCGAAUAUAGACGCUAGCUUCAAGAAAGUAUGUGCUGCCUUAUUUAAGGGAAUCAGUAUCGUACUCGACAUGACCUGGACCGGGUGGGAUAAUCUUCGGAUCAUGGCCGACGAGAAUGGAAUAAUAUACAAACGGGGUGACAGCAACAUAAACCCGUACAUCCAAGCGAUCGAUGAUCUUUUGAUGUUGAAAAACGCCACUGACGUUGCUCUGAUCUUCGAGGAUGAAAGAGAGUUGAAUCAGAGUCUCUACUAUUUGAUCGGAAAUUCGAUCUUAAGAUUAAUCGUGAUCGACGAAUUCACCGAGAAAACGGUCUCGAAGAUCAAGAGUAUGAGGCCAUCACCGUCCUAUUACGCUAUCUAUGCCAGUACAGCCAAGAUGGAGGAUUUCUUCAAAACGGCCGUGCAAGGAGGGUUGGUCAAGAGAAAUGGGAUAUGGAAAUUGAUUUUCACCGAUAACAGCUAUAAGGAUUUUAAAUAUAUCAAUGGAGACUUACAGUUGAACGUUUCCAUCACGGUUCUAUGGAUGAAGAUGGACGUUUGUUGUAAAUUGAUUGGUGAAUCCCUUUGCAACUGUCCUUCAGAUAUUAAAAUAUUUUCGAAUUAUUUUAAACGAUUAGUAGGCCUCAUCGUGAGUCUGAUGAGCGAACUUCAGGCAUCAGGUAUUAGCGUGGAGCCAAAAAGUGGCAAAUGCUUUUCAAACAAGAAUCAAAGUUCAAAUGUCACGAUUGAGGCGUUUAACAAGAAUAUACUUGCCGUAAGUCACCAGUUUAAAAUUGUGCAAAAUAAAGAUCGUUGGAAAUUGAAGAAAACAUUCAAUUUGCCACAGAAACUAGGAGGCAACGAUACAUUUGAGUAUUGGUCGGAGAAAGGAAUGAUCACGUAUAAAGCUGAAAUAGAAUUGGAAAUUCUUGAGAAUGGAUUAUUGGAACCGUUAGCCACUUGGACGAGAAAUGAAAAGAUAAGAGAAGCAGAGAAUAAAAAGAUAUUACCCGCUAAAAGAUUCUUUCGAAUUGGAAUUACUCCUUCAGUGCCUUGGAUAAUACCUAAAAUCGAUCCAGCGACUGGAAAAGUUAUGAAAAAUGAGAAUGGAAAUGAUAUGUGGGAUGGAUAUUGCAUAGAUUUUGUGAAGAAAUUAUCGGAGGAGAUGCAAUUUGAUUAUGAUCUUGUCGUACCUCAAGAUCGACAGUUUGGCAAGAAAUUACCUAAUGGACAAUGGAAUGGUUUGAUUGGUGAUCUAGCUAAAGGAGAGACAGAUAUCAUAGUUGCUGCAUUGACAAUGACUUCAGAACGCGAGGAAGUGAUAGAUUUCGUCGCCCCUUAUUUCGAACAAUCCGGCUUAUUAAUUGUAAUGAGGAAACCUGUCCGCAAACCAUCCCUUUUCAAAUUUAUGACGGUACUCAAAGUCGAAGUGUGGUUAAGCAUCGUAGGAGCUUUAACAUUAACCGGCAUCAUGAUUUGGAUACUUGACAAAUAUUCUCCUUAUAGCGCCAGGAAUAAUAAACAACUGUAUCCGUAUCCUUGUCGAGAAUUCACGUUGAAGGAGAGUUUCUGGUUCGCCUUGACGUCUUUCACACCCCAAGGUGGCGGCGAGGCACCCAAAGCAUUAUCAAGCAGGAUACUGGUUGCUGCUUAUUGGUUAUUCGUUGUUUUAAUGUUGGCUACAUUCACUGCUAAUUUAGCUGCUUUCCUUACUGUGGAAAGAAUGCAGUCUCCUGUGCAAUCCUUGGAACAAUUAGCCAGACAAUCUAGAAUCAAUUACACUGUCGUGGCUAAUUCUAGUCAGCAUCAGUAUUUUAUAAAUAUGAAGAAUGCAGAGGAUAAGUUGUACACCGUAUGGAAAGAAAUCACAUUAAACAAUACAAGUGACGAGGUAGAGUAUCGAGUCUGGGAUUAUCCUAUCAAGGAACAAUACGGCCACAUAUUGCAAGCGAUCACACAAGUCGGUCCAGUUGCAAAUUCAGUGGAGGGUUUUCGAAAGGUGAUAGAAAGCGAAAAUGCAGAAUUCGCUUUCAUCCACGAUUCGUCGGAGAUACGGUAUGAGGUAACGAAGAAUUGCAAUUUGACAGAGGUUGGAGAAGUGUUUGCGGAACAACCUUACGCAAUUGCUGUUCAGCAAGGAAGCCAUUUGCAGGAAGAGAUAAGCAGAAAGAUUUUGGAUUUGCAGAAAGAUAGAUACUUUGAAAUGCUGGCUUCCAAAUAUUGGAACCAAUCGCAGAAGGCACAAUGUCUGAAUUCUGACGAUAACGAAGGAAUCACUUUGGAGAGUUUGGGUGGAGUAUUCAUCGCAACCCUGUUCGGACUCGCCCUGGCGAUGAUCACCUUGGCAGGAGAAGUAUUCUAUUACCGGAAACGGAAUACGGAAACGGAAAAACCGACGAAAGACAAAAGAAAAGUCAAGAAGUUGAACAACAAGAUAAUACAAAAUUUGACGAAAAUGAAACCAGCGCCUGUCAAUCCUUUCUUCGAAAAGACAAACAACCCUCCUCGCGUGUCUCACAUUUCCGUUUACCCUCGCAACCUCCCUUUCAAAGAAUGAGAAUUUUGAAAGAAUGAAAAUCCAAUUGAACAGAGGAAUAAAAAAUAUGCAAUCGAAUCGAAUCAUUCUACAUACGAGGAGAGGAAUUUUAAUUAGAAUAACGAUAGUUUUAAUAAAAACCAACGCAACGUAACGAAAUUGAAAAUAAAGUUUCUAAUUGUUCUACCUGUUGUA